CUGUGGAACUGUCUCCAGAGGGUUGAUAAAGAUAGGAGUGGAAUAAUAUCUGAUAAUGAACUUCAGCAGGCAUUGUCCAAUGGCACGUGGACUCCAUUUAAUCCAGCAACAGUCAGGUCAAUUCUCGGCAUGUUUGACAGAGAAAACAAAGGGGGUGUGAACUUCAAUGAAUUCACAGGAGUCUGGAAGUACAUCUCGGACUGGCAGAAUGUCUUUCGAACGUAUGACAGAGACAAUUCUGGAAUGAUAGACAAAAAUGAACUAAAGCAGGCACUAACAGGUUUUGGUUACCGACUGUCUGACCAAUUUUACGAUAUCCUUAUUCGGAAAUUUGACAGACAAGGAAGAGGACAAGUUGCUUUUGAUGACUUUAUUCAGUGCUGUGUUGUCUUACAGGUUCCGACUAAAAGGAAUUUGACCUUGCAGCUGAAUUAUUCAGCCUUUCCUCACUGCUGUCCCUGCAGGGGCAAUGGUAGUAAAGGACAUUUAAAACAAACAGAAACACUUGUGUGGCAGGAGAGAGCGCGUGAGCUGUGGUUUUACAGGUGUAUCACUUUGUUUAGAAAUGAAUCACUGGGUGAUUCCUUGCCUCAGUGCUUAAGGUUUCUUUAAGUGUCUCCUGCUUUUCUGAAAAGUAUGUAAGACAUUGGGGGGAAGUUGGGAAACGGCAACAGUGGACGAGCUGAGUUGUAGUAGGAUAGGAAAAAGGUUGCUCUUGCUGACACUGGCCAGCAUCACAGCAGUAUCUUAAGCAACGUGAAGAGAAGGGAGUGCCCUGGAGUAGCAUUUCUCUUACUUGCAUGCAGGUGGUUUGUUCUCCUUUAAGGCUCUAGCCUAAAGUCUGCUGCAACAUCAGCGGCCUUUAUGCUCAUUUGUAAUAGAAGCCGAUGAUGCUUUGUUAUAAACUCUGGCAAAGAGGGCUUUGCAAUGGAGCAUCAUUCAGUGGAACCAUGCUGGCAGUUAUUUUGGUCCACACUCUGUCUGUAUCGCCAGGCACCUUGGGGGUUUUACAGAGACAACUCAGACAUUAAUGAUGCAGACAGCAUAUUUGGCUGGAAGGUGCGAAACAGCCAAGGUACUCGCUGCAUUCUAUCUCCAGGUGACUCAGAUGUCUCCCAAGGAUCGUGCAUUGUGUCCUGUCCCUUCCCCUCUUUAAAGCCAGUUAUGAAAAACUGUCUGAUCUCUAACGAAGUGCCUGGGUAGCCUUAGGUGUGGUAUCAUAAGGUGGGUUUAGAAUGGGAUCUGCUACACGGCUGAAGCACAAGACACGGCAGAGAGCCACCUCUAUUUGCACGAGAUGGUUGUAAAGUGUCUACAGAGGGGACGAACAGAAAGCGUUUGUAAAGCUGUAGAAACCUGAGGGGCGAGGGAAGAUGUGGCUGUCUGGGCCUCCCCCACGUACAAAAGCAUAUGGUUUUUUUCCCCCCCU